AUGGCAUUCUCCAGCGAGGACAGCCAGGAGGACGCCCAGGAGUGUCCGGUGUGCUAUGAGUGUCUGUCCGGCACCGAGAGGACCCUGAGCUGCGGACACGUCUUCUGCCACGACUGCCUGGUCAAGACGCUGGUCAGCAUCAACAGGGAUGGCAACAUCAGGGACACGAUCAUCUGCCCCGUGUGUCGACACCUGACGUUCAUCAGGAAGCAGAAGGAAGCGCUGGUGCCCCCCGCGGCGCCGGACAAGACCCCCCCGGAUGAGGCGCAGACCCUGGAGGUGCCUGUGCCGCCGGGCCAGCUCCCGGGCGCACGGCGGACCCCCGGGACCCCUUUGCCGAGGGGGGUGGACCGGGUCGCCCGCUGCUUCAGGGGGAUCAUGGAGCGAGCCCGGCGACAGAGGCUGAUCAGCCCCGGCUACAACGCGUCUCAGAUCUUCAUCAUCAGCGGCGAGGGGCGACCCAUGGCUGAGGAGGAUGCGCUCAGCGCGGUGAUGACUGCGGUGCGGCCGCAGCAGCGCAGGCGCAGGCGCAGACUGUGCACCACCGCUCGAUGCCUGGUCGUCCUGCUGUCCGCCUUCACGCUCCUCGCACUGGUGGCUGCUACUUUACCCUGGAUUUUAUUGGCAUAG